GGCCACUCAGUCGCUCAUACUCCUCAGAGACAAGCAGUAAAUUUGCACAUUCCGGCAUAGAAGCCCCUAUAACCACUAAUGGGUGCAAGGUAGGAGUGAAAGUCUAGCACAAUGUCGCGCCCAACCUUAGGGCAAGUUUCUUGGUGAAGCACUUGAAUGGAAUGCCCCAAAUCUGCAGACUCAAUGGACCCACAUGAGUGCAUCUGCCGCUUCUUGAGUCGGUGACACCAACAAUGCAAGAGCAAGCAUGAAUUUGGGGAAGAUCCACGGAGUAUCAGCACCAACCUUAUGCUAAUUUUCCUUCAAGGAAACACUAAAUGGGUAAGGCCAUAAUCCAAACCGAAAACUAUUCAGUCACCUUUGCAUCUCCAUAUUCGAAUCAAUAUCGUCCUAAGGACAAUUUGAGAGUUUUUAUACCGGAUUAUGGAUUUCUUAAUGUAAUUUUUUACGUUUUAAUUUCACAACUGGUCACUGAUUAUUCAACUCAUCAACUUUGUCAUAUAUGGAAAUCAACUGGAAAAAAUCCCAAAGUACACACGUUCUUAAAAAAAAUUCUCAAAAUACAUGAGUUAUAAAAAAAAUUCCCAAAGUACACAUGUUUGAGCAUCACCGCGUUUGACAAACACGGUGAAGAUCAUCACCGCGUUUGACAAACACGGUGAAUACUUCAUCGUUUUAAACAAAAACGGUGAAGUAUUCACCGUUUCACACCAAAACGGUGAAGCUUUCACCGCGUUAAUUAACAACGGUGAAAGCUUCACCGUUUUUGACCAAAACGGUGAAGCCUUCACCGUUGUUAACUAACGCGGUGAUCAUUUCCCACGUUUCCCACCCCUGGUAGGUCAAAAUUAGGUCGCAGCUACCACCUAUUCACCGUUUGAGACAAACGCGGUGAUAGUGUUCACCGUUUUUGACAAAAACGGUGAAUAGUAGGCAGAUUUUCCUAUAAAUACCACACCACCAGCAGUUGUAAAAACAUAACCACUCCCCUUUCUUCAAAUUUCAGCAGCCAAAAUCGAGCAUAAUACACAGAACAGAAAUUUUUCGGUAUGUUGAGACUUUUCGUAUUAUGGUCUAAUUAUGUUUUUAGUAGUUAUAGUAUGAUUUAAUUUUCGUAUUAUGAUUUAAUUUUCGUAUUAUGUUGUUGUUAGUUAGUUGAACUUAUAUUCGUUAGUUAUAGUAUGAUUUAAUUUUCGUAUUAUGUUGUUGUUUGUUAGUUGAAUUUAUUUUCGUUAGUUAUGGUAUGAUUUAAUUUUCGUAUUAUGUUGUUGUUAGUUAGUUGAACUUAUGUUCGUUAGUUAUAGUAUGAUUUAAUUUUCGUAUUAUGUUGUUGUUAGUUAGUUGAAUUUAUUUUUGUUACUUAUGGUAUGAUUUAAUAUUAGUUGUACAAUAUGAUUUUGGUUAAUUUUACUGUCUUUAAGCUAAUAGAUACUUAUUGUAAAUUGUAGAUAUGGGUAAAUUCAAGAAGUUUCAUCUUACUAUUCGGUGGAAUGGAAGGGUGACAAACUCUGACAUAGGCAUUGAUUAUGAGGACGGCGAAUCCAUUAUGCUGAAAAUUGAAUCCCGAUUCAAUUUUCAAGAACUCUAUGAUCUUUGUGCAGAAAGGGUUUGUACGAGCGGACAGACGAGACUUGGCAAAAUUACUUACCGGUAUCCAGACAUGAGUGCUGGCGGGGUCGUGUUCCAAGAAGUUGUCAUAAACGAUGAUGACGCGGUUAUGAUGAUGUUACAGUUCCUAAGCGAUAACCAAGUCCGGCUUGCAGAGGUGUAUGUUGAGACCGAGGCGCUCGGUGAAUCUCAUUCUCACCAGUAUUCUUAUGAUGAUGGUUUUGCAGGAGGGUACGAAUGGGGUGGUAGUUCGAGCAACUACCAAGGCGGUGGUUAUACAGGAGGUUACGGGGAGGGUGGUGGUUCAAUCAACUACGGUGGAUCGAGUAGUGCAGGAUGGGACCAAUACUCGCAACCUCCUAAACCAGCCCCAUUUGUUGAGGCCGAUGGUGUUCAAUGGCCUGCUUGGGGGCCAGAGUGGUAUGGAAUCGAGAAUACCAUUCGAUCAGGGCGUACUUCACAUGAGCGAGAGGACGAUGUUGGUGAUCGUGGUCAUGUUGAUCCUUCUAGCUCGAGCUAUCCAUUCGAGUCAAGCGACGAGGAUACUGAGGAAGAUUUGAUAUCAGUGAGCGAGGAGGAGGAAGAUACUGAUGAUAACGAGGAUGAGGCGGCAUUUCGUGAGGCACCCACGCCAUAUUACACACAGGUUCCAACUCAAUUUUUACAUAGUCAGAAUGAUCCCCCCGACUUUGUCCCUAUGCCAGUGUACAAUCCAACGGCCAAUCUGGAGGUGGGUAUGGCGUUCACAUCGAAAGACGCUGUGCAGGAUGCAUUUACAGAAGAGGCGUUGAGGCGCAAUUUCGAGUGGAAGGUAAAAUAUUCUGACAGUAAACAAUUACAUGUCAUAUGCAAGCAUGAUGCAGAGGGUUGUACGUGGCAACUGCGGGCUGCAAAUAUGAAGAGAAAGGGUGCUUGGGUGAUUCUCAAAGCUGAGACGAUCCACACAUGCUCCUCUUCUAUACUUUCCCAAGAUCACAGGCAACUAAAAGCAAAGAAGGUUGGGAGAACUAUUAAGCACCUUAUAGAAGCACAACCAGAUAUCAAGGUGAAAGCUAUCAUGGCAGAGGUGAAGGAUCGACAUUCUUACACGAUAAGGUACAAAAAAGCAUGGCAUGGUAAGCAGAAAGCCAUGGCUGAGGUGUAUGGUGAUUGGGAGGAUUCGUAUGCUUUACUCCCUAGACUUAUGGGAGCAAUGGAGGAGUCCAAUCCUGGGACUGUUUUCGUCCCAGUAUACAACAAUGUAUACACUGAGGAUCAAGUUCGAGUACAGGAUAAGCUGAUGUUCCAUCGUCUUUUUUGGGCUUUUAAACCAUGCAUUGACGGUUUUGGGUUCUGCAUACCGGUUAUUCAGGUUGACGGAACUUUCCUUACUGGGAAGUACAGAGGAUGUCUUCUAAUUGCCACUGGCGUUGAUGGAAACAGGCGAAUUUUCCCGCUUGCAUUUGCAUUAGUGGAAGGGGAGAACAGUUUAAGUUGGGCUUGGUUCUUUGACCAACUGCACGAACACGUGACACAGCGGGAAGAUAUUACGAUUAUAUCCGAUCGACAUGCGGGGAUAAGGAAUGCUGUUGGUGGUUUUCCCGACGAGUGGGGGUGGAGAUGGAGAUGGUGUAUUCGGCACUGGCUCGCCAAUUUCCAACACAAAUUUGGGAAGAAGAAAGACAUCAAAAAUCUACUUUGGAAUGCAGCGGUUGCACAUCAACCAAAAAAGUACGAGCAGAUCAUGAAAACGAUCCGUCAGACCCACCGAGCUGGAGCAGUAUGGGCUGAAGGUCAAGAGUUGCCCAUGUGGACGUUCCAUAUGGACAACGGGGCUAGAUGGGGCAUUGCAACUACCAACCAUGGAGAAAGUAUAAAUAAUGUUUACAAGGGUCUUCGAGCGAUGCCUAUUUCUGUCAUCGUGGAAAUGUCUUAUUGGAAGGUCAACGAGUGGCGAGUUGCUCGGCUACAGCUAGCUAUAGGGAGGGAGUUGCAAGGUCAUUCAAUAGCACAUGACGUAUUUGCUCAAAUGCAGAAGAACGAUGAAAAAUCAAGUAAGCAUAAGGUUGUUCUUUUUAACCGCAGUGAAGGAAUAUUCGCUGUCGAAACAGGUAUAUGGGGUGGAGGGAGACGUGGUCACAAUCGUCAAACGGUCAAAUUGCACUACGAAUUAGGGGAGUGUUCUUGUCAAAAGUAUCAGAACGAAAGGAUACCCUGUUCACAUGCAAUGGCGGUUGCUAAGUCAAUAACCAUGAACAGAAACAGCCUGGUGAGUCCUUACUACACUGAACAAGCGAUACGGAACUCAUAUCAUGCAGCUUUGAGCCCCAUGCCAGAUGAAGCGUAUUGGCCUAUAUACGCUGGAAAGUUGAUUAUCCCACCGUUGCACCUAAAACGCACCAAAGGCCGUCCUAGAGUUGAAAGGAUACACAAUGAGAUGGAUCAAGUUGAACGGACGAGAAGGGGACCGAAGCGAUGCUCUAAGUGCAGACAACCUGGUCACGACAAGAGGCGUUGCCCAGGACAACCAUCAACUUAAUUUGCAUUUACUUGUAUUCUGCUACUAAAUUGAUCGCUUGUUU